UUCAUUGAUACUUCACUACUGAAUUCCUAACAAUUUAUGUUUAGUUUUUGACUAAAAAGUGAAAUAUUUGUCAACAAAUUGAUUGGAAAUGUCUGUCGAUAUCUAUUCCUUCAAAUACAGUCCAUUCUGUCGGACAGUUCUGAUGACAGCCCGGGAACUGAACAUUGAUUUGAAUGUCAUCGAAACGGAUCCCGGAGCCGACCAAACACUGACACCAGAGUAUAUUAAGAUGAAUCCGGUCCACAGCCUCCCGACCCUUAACGACAAUGGAUUCAUACUAUGGGAGAGCAGAGCUAUAAUGCAAUACCUGUGCAACCGAUACGCGCCCGACAGCACUCUCUACCCGAAAGAGCCCAAAAAGCGGGCUCUCGUCGAUCGUUGGCUUAAUUUCGAUAUGAGUUUUGUCGAGUCCGGCAAAUACGGAAUCAUGAUGAAAGCGUUUGGUGGCGUCGAUCCACCAGAAGAGAAGGUAAUUGCAUACAAGAAUCUUCUGAAACAAUUGGAUCAACUGAUUGGUGACAAUAAGUAUCUGGUGGGCGAUCAUCUGACGAUCGCCGAUAUCGCUGUGUUGGUCACGAGCUCUAUAUUACUGAUGGUUAACUACGAUCUGACCGAUUAUCCAAACCUCGGCCGAUGGCUGCGAACACUGACCACUGAAUUGCCAUAUUUUGCUGAAAUCAAUAUCUUUCCCAAAGAAGAUAUGGAUAAAUGGGUGGCAAGAAGUGGACACUAUUUGAAGAGAAAAAUGCUUUAAUUUAAGCAAACAAUAAUACAAAGUCAAUACAAUUAUAUUGUAUUUUGGGAC